AAACCCUGAUAAGCUCAAAAGAAACCCUGAUAAGCGACCAGAUCCUUCCACGCGCCGCCGGCGAAAACAUCCCACCCGCGCGCCUUUGCGGCAGGCGCCACCCUCCACCCGCCCCUCACCCCUCGACAACAACUAGCCUUCGCACCCCUGCCGCUGGGCGACAGCCACUCUCCACCGUGCCCUUGCGACCGGCGCCACCUCCGUCUCCGGGUAUGUCGCGCAGAAUAAGCUCACGGGAGCAGUGGGUUUCCUUGUAUAAUUGUGCUAGAAAAGAUAUUGGUUUCGUUUUAGAUUCAGAUCUCAAGCGGACUCGAAAAGGAGCUAUUUUUAGUCUCAGGAACUCGUCCUGAGAUGUUGUAAUCAGGUUUGGAGUCGGAAGGCGGCGGAGGACAGCCGGCUAGUUGUCUGCUUAGUUGUGCCCGCCUGCCCGGCGGCGGAGGAGACGGGCUAGUUGCCUGCUUUCUUGCGCUGCCCUCCUCCGUUAGUAAAGGCAGCAUCCAUUGAUCUUCUUGUGUAAUCGAGAGAGAAAGGAGCUGAUUUUUCAUUAGGGAAGUUUCUCUCUUGAGAACUGUUACUCAGGAUUUGAGUCAUCCAGUUGUUGUGCCGGCCACACAUAGAGAAGGAGUAGGAUUUGAGUUCAUCGAUCCAUCGAAUAAGGUGAUCUCUGGUGUAUUGGAUAAUUGGAGAUGAAGAACAAGGGGAGUCGCAGAAGGCCCAAUAAAGCCGCAGCUCCCCGUAAAGGUGAAGCUGCUUCGGACGGAGCCGGAGGAGACAGGCUUAGCAAGCUGCCUGAUGACAUUCUACUCAACAUCCUGGAGAGGGUGGACACGCUAGAUGCCUUAAGAACCUGCAUCCUCUCGAAGCGAAUGCUGAAGCUCCCCACCAUGCUCUCACGGUUUGACAUAGACGUUGGUAACCUUGCGCGUCACCAUGACGCGGCGUCCUAUGGCUACACCCUUAAUCAUGUUAUUCAGUACAACAAUGCUGUUGCUGGUGUCGCAGAGAAGAUCCUGAGUGCAAGGAAUCUAGAGAUCCCCAUCCGCAAGCUAAGGCUCAGAUUCUACGUGGGGCGUGAUGGAUGCCUCUCCAUCAGCAAAGCUUUUGCGUGCACCAUGGCAACUCAGAGGGUUGACAACGCUGAGUUUGUGCUCCUCACCGAGAAGUCUUGUUUGAAAUGCACUCACGACAAUCUCCUCUACUAUGCGCAGCAGUUCAAUAACUGUCUUGGUGAUUAUCCAGCUGCAUUUGCUGGCCUCACGCACUUGUGGCUGCGCAAUAUGAGGUUUGGUGAACUGGACAUCCCCAACGUCCUCAGCACCUGCAAGCGGUUGGUAUCUUUGCGUUUGUCCAACUGUGACGCCGGGGUCCGUUCGGUGCUGCACAUAGAGCAUGCCCAACUUGUUGAGCUCUGCAUCGAGGAGGGGAAAUUUGAGGCAGUCCAGCUCAAUGGUCUACCAAAACUCCAACAUGUGAACUUUGUUGGCUGGUGUUGCCCAGACCCCCUGACUUUUCGUUCUGUCCCGCAGCUUCGAAAGCUGCGUCUCGAACAAAUCGGUAUUAGUUCGACUAAGAAUCUCCAGUUAAGUCAGUUCCUUGCUAAUGUCCCCUGGAUAAGCGACCUGCAUCUGGAUUUUAGAAGUGAAAAGAUUUGGGUUCUACCAGAAAGCCCCAAACUGCUUGCCCCUGUGCUUGGCAAACUACAGAUCGUGAACCUGGAUAAUCUUCCUGAAGGAUGUGAUAUGGCUUGGACCAUGUUCAUUCUGGAAGCUGCACCCUCCCUAAGGGAGCUAUGCAUCACGGUGUGGGAUGAUUGGUGCAAAAUUGUAACAGACAAGGAGUUUCGAAGGAAAAAUGGUUACUGUGAGAAGGCAAAUGUGGAGUGGCAACCAUCUGAUUUUGAUUUGAAGCACAAGAAUCUGGUUAAGCUUACCAUCCAUGGAUUCCAACCUGAUGUAAUCUUCGUGCGAUAUGUUAGGCGCAUUUUGGAAGUUGCGGUGAACAUGGGGGAUAUAUCUCUGCAUGACAGGAAGGUGUGUGAGCGCUGCAUGGAUUUGGAUCCAGAGAUCAAGGUUUGCCCUUCUAGAUAUCCGAGGACCACUGAGGAGAAGGAUAUGUUGAAGGUGGAGAUUACCAAGGAGUUGGGAAUGGCUUCGCAUGCUGUGAUUCACUUCAGGUCCUAAUAAUUGAGAAUAAGGUGCAUGGCAUGGUAUCAGUUAUCACUAUGACUCCUCUGAUCCUAUAUUGUUGUGUACUAAAACAACGACAAGAAUUUAUGAUAGGAGGGAGUAGAGUGUAAAUCAUUCAUGACAUCAGCAUGAUCUGUCCUGUCAUGUAACAGGAAGGAUUUCCCGAGCGACUCCUACAUGCUUGUUGCAUUUAUACUCUUAUGUUUCCUUAAAUUGAAGCUUCUACUAUUAUGUGGAGAAAAUAAUAUUAAUUAUAUGUUCUGAGUAUUCUGAUA